UUAUUCAAUUUUGAGGAACUAGAUAAAAAAUCAUUUCACUUUCCUCGUAAAUCCACUCGCACGGCAAAGCAAAUGCAUAAUUUUGCGAAAACAGUUUACGAUUCAGACUUUUCGCCUGUUCACGGAAUGGAAUUCACUCUUCCGCAUCCAGUGCCGGAGAAAAAGAAACGAUCCGGUAAUUUUUUUCGGAUACGUGCCUCGGAAAACACAACCCGUUUGAAACAAUACCAGGUCAGAAGCAGGACUCGAAGUACGACAACUACAAACAUCGACCCAGGUCAAAACCAAGGCAAACACAUCACUUAUUCGAAGACAAAUUCCCGAACUGGGACAAGAACCAAAACGAGGACUUUAAUUUCUGUUAGUAGACGUACGACGGUCACAACUAUUUCUAGACGAAAAUUGGAGCAUGCGCGAAAAAGAAAAUCUACGAAGAAGAAUCGAAGAAAAAUCAGGUUAAUUACUAAUAAAGCAACGAAUACUUCUAUGAAACAAUUAAGCGUAAAUGAAACUAUUAUUAUGAUGGAGCAAUCUAUACAGUGUACUAUUGGUAAUCAGCAGAAUCAAAGUCAAUUGGGAAUUAUACCAAAACAAGUAGAAAUUGUGAAAAAUCACAAUAACGAGAAUAAAAUUGAAAGCAAAAAACCGAAAGUUAAUAUUAUUAGCGAUGUUAUUGUCAAACCAAUACAAGACGACAACAUAACCACAAACAUAACAAAAUUUGAUGAUGAUGGUAUUAUUGAAGGCACUCCAGAUAACGCACCGUUUACUCCUUGGGGAAGCAAUUUUCAUUCUUGCGUAGUUAAAAUGAAAGAAACGCAAAACGCACCAACGGGAACCUCAGAAACUAUCACUAAAAAUAUAAAUAAUACGUCGUUUGCUAAUUUAAGUUAUUUUCUUCAAGAAAAUAACGCAGACGCAACAUCAGCCAAAGAUACUGAAGUAAUUAUUGACAAAAACGUCAAUAAUGAUAAAGAUGAUUUUAAUAUUAAUGCAUUUGAGGGAUUUAAGGCGUUUUCUGGAGUUGAAAUAUUUGAAAAUGAAAAUGUAGAAAGUAAUAACAACAAUAAUCCGUUUAAUUUAUCCAUUGCAAUCGAAGAAUUGGCGGAAAAUUGGAGUUUUAAAUUUAAUACUACUCAACAUUGUGAAAAUGUGAAAAAGUCAACGGAUUUUUCUUUCUGUACUACAAACCAAAACAAAAAGAAAAAAACCAUCACAACUACAGAUAUUUUUGGGGGCCCAGGGUUGGAUACUAAUUUGGAAAUUGAUGAGUGGUCCAGAAAAUUUGACGAUCAAGGCGGGAGUUAUUACAUUAACAAACGGACAGGCAACACAAUGACACAAUUACCCGCUGGCAACGAAAUAUUUGAGCUAACAAAAAGACCUAUAGAUCUUCCCAAAGGAUUCUCUCCAAUUCUCAAAGAAACCCCUCAAAUUACCGAAACGGUGAGCAACGAAACAAAACGUGAAUUUCACGCGGCGGUUUGUGAAUGUUACCGCGAUGAUGACUUAGAUUUGGCGCACGUCAAAUGGAAGAAGCAUUAUUUGCAAAAUACAGGUAAAGGUCACGACAUCUGCACUUAA